GACUUCUGGAACCGGGCCUUGAGGGACAAGACCGGGAAGAGGCCCAGGACAGGUGGGGUGGCUAGUCGCCCCUGUCACUAUGCAGGAGGGUAACUUCCUGCUGUCUGCCCUGCAGCCUGAGGCUGGUGUUUGCUCCCUGGCGCUGCCCUCGGACCUGCAGCUGGAUCGCCGGGGUGCUGAGGGGCCGGAGGCUGAUAGGCUUCGAGCCGCCCGAGUCCAGGAGCAAGUCCGAGCCCGCCUCCUGCAGUUGGGCCAGCAGUCGCGGCACAAUGGGUCUACUGAGCUUGAUGGCGCCAUCGAGACCGCCAGAGGCAUGCCCAGGGGCCAAUACCACACUAUGCAGGCUGGCUUCAGCUCCCGAUCCCAGGGCCUGAGCGGGGACAAGACCUCGACCUUCCGGCCCAUCGCCAAGCCGGCCUACAGCCCAGCCUCCUGGUCCUCCCGCUCAGCCGUGGACCUGAGCUGCAGUCGGAGGCUGAGCUCUGCUCACAAUGGGGGCAGUGCCUUUGGGGCUGUGGGAUAUGGGGGUGCCCAGCCCACUCCACCUAUGCCCAACCGGCCAGUGUCCUUCCAUGAACGAGGUGGGGCAGCCAGCAGAGCCGACUAUGACACGUUAUCCCUGCGCUCACUGAGGCUGGGACCUGGGGGCCUGGACGACCGCUACAGCGUGGUAUCUGAGCAACUGGAACCUGCAGCCGCCUCCACCUACAGGGCCUAUGCUUAUGAGCGCCAGGCCAGCUCUGGCUCUAGCCGGGCAGGAGGCCUGGACUGGUCAGAGGCCACUGAGGGUCCACCCAGCCGGACCAUCCGUGCCCCCGCCAUGCGAACUCUGCAGAGAUUUCAGAGCAGCCACCGAAGCCGUGGGGGUACUGGGUCAGUGUCAGGUACUGGCCUGGAACCCGUGGCCCGAGCCCCAUCUGUGCGCAGUCUCAGUCUUAGCCUGGCUGACUCAGGCCACCUGCCAGAUGUACGUGGACUGGACAGCUACACAGGCCAUCGCACGCUACAGAGGCUCAGCAGUGGCUUUGACGACAUUGACCUGCCCUCAGCAGUCAAGUACCUCAUGGCCUCAGACCCCAACCUGCAGGUGCUGGGAGCAGCUUACAUCCAGCACAGGUGCUACAGUGAUGCAGCAGCCAAGAAGCAGGCUCGUAGCCUUCAGGCGGUGCCUAGACUGGUGAAGCUCUUUAACCACGCCAACCAAGAGGUGCAACGCCACGCCACGGGUGCCAUGCGCAACCUCAUUUAUGACAAUGCAGACAACAAGCUGGCACUGGUAGAAGAGAACGGCAUUUUUGAGCUGCUGCGGACACUUCGAGAGCAGGAUGAUGAGCUACGCAAGAAUGUUACAGGGAUCCUGUGGAAUCUGUCCUCCAGUGACCACCUGAAGGAUCGUCUAGCCCGAGAUACUCUGGAGCAGCUCACAGACCUGGUGCUAAGCCCCCUGUCAGGGGCAGGUGGGCCCCCCCUCAUCCAGCAGAAUGCCUCUGAGGCAGAGAUUUUCUACAAUGCUACUGGCUUCCUCAGGAACCUCAGCUCAGCCUCCCAGGCCACUCGCCAGAAGAUGCGUGAGUGCCAUGGGCUAGUGGAUGCUCUGGUCACCUACAUCAACCAUGCCCUGGACGUGGGCAAGUGUGAGGACAAGAGUGUGGAGAAUGCGGUAUGCGUACUGAGGAACUUGUCCUACCGCCUCUAUGAUGAGAUGCCGCCCUCAGCACUGCAGCGGCUUGAAGGCCGGGGCCGCAGAGACAUGACCGGGGCACCAUCUGGUGAAGUGGUGGGCUGCUUUACACCACAGAGUAGGAGGCUGCGUGAGCUUCCUCUUACAGCUGAUGCACUCACCUUUGCGGAAGUAUCUAAGGAUCCCAAGGGCCUGGAGUGGCUGUGGAGUCCCCAGAUCGUGGGGCUGUACAACCGACUGCUGCAGCGCUGUGAACUAAACCGGCAUACAACAGAGGCGGCUGCAGGGGCGCUGCAGAAUAUCACCGCGGGUGACCGCAGGUGGGCAGGUGUGCUGAGCCGCCUGGCCCUGGAACAGGAGCGCAUCCUGAACCCCUUGCUGGACCGAGUUCGCACCGCUGACCACAACCAACUGCGCUCAUUGACUGGUCUCAUCCGGAACCUGUCUCGGAACGCCAGGAACAAGGACGAGAUGUCCACAAAGGUAGUGAGCCACCUGAUAGAGAAGCUCCCUGGCAGUGUGGGUGAGAAGUGUCCCCCAGCGGAGGUUCUGGUCAACAUCAUAGCUGUGCUCAACAACCUCGUGGUAGCCAGUCCCAUUGCUGCCCGGGACCUGCUCUACUUUGAUGGGCUUCGGAAGCUGGUCUUCAUCAAAAAAAAGAGGGAUAGCCCUGACAGUGAGAAGUCCUCCCGGGCAGCCUCCAGUCUCUUGGCCAACCUCUGGCAGUACAGCAAGCUCCACCGUGACUUCAGGGCGAAAGGCUAUCGGAAGGAGGACUUUCUGGGCCCAUAAGUGAAGCCUCCUGGAGGUGAAGUGAUUCAACUUCCAAGAGAUAGGCUCAGUUCCUGCUGUUCCACAGCCUAUGGAAGAGGAGCUGAUGGCCACAGGACCACUCUAUCUCUGGAGUCCUGUGUGUGCCCUUGAGGGGCCAGGGCCACCAGGAAAGAUGGGGGCUUGCAACUGGGGAUUGAUUGGCUUCUGCAGGGCAGGGGAAGGGGGCAGGGCUUGAGCUGCUCUGGU